CUCGUCAUUUGAGCUCACUCGACAAUUCUUUAAGGUAUAUAUCUGAAAUUUUAAUUGAAAUGAGGCAGGCCAAUAUCAUAUGGUUUUAUAUUGGAUUAUUGGCAUUGCUGAAUUGUAUUAAUGUGAAAGCAGAAGACCCUUAUAGAUAUUACACAUGGACUGUUACAUAUGGAACAAUAUCUCCUCUUGGUGUUCCUCAAAGGGGCAUACUGAUAAAUGGAAAGUUCCCUGGUCCAACCAUUGAUUGUGAUACUAAUGAUAAUAUUGUUGUUAAUGUAAUUAACAAAUUGGAUGUACCUUUCCUCAUUACCUGGAAUGGGAUUAAACAAAGAAGGACCUCAUGGCAAGAUGGAGUAUUAGGGACUAAUUGUCCAAUUCUUCCAAAUUCCAAUUGGACCUAUAAGUUUCAAGCAAAAGAUCAAAUUGGUACCUAUAAUUAUUUUCCUUCAAUUGGAUUGCAAAGAGCUUCUGGUGGAUUUGGAGCUUUCAAUGUUCAAACUCGUUCUGUUGUUGCAAUUCCAUACCCAAUUCCAGUUGAAGAAUUUACCCUACUUGUUUCUGACUGGUUUAAGGCUGAUUACAAGGUAUUGGAGCAAAAACUGGACCAGGGCCUUUCUCUACCUCUUCCUGAUGCACUUCUCAUAAAUGGGCUUAAUAAAGCUGCCACCUUCGUCGGUGAAAAAGGUAAAACAUACAAAUUCAGGGUAUCAAAUGUUGGAAUAGCAACAUCAAUAAAUUUCAGAAUUCAGGGCCACUCAAUGACAUUAGUAGAAGUAGAAGGAGCUCAUACAUUGCAAGAGGUCUAUGAGUCACUUGAUGUUCAUCCUGGUCAAUCCGUCGCCGUUUUGGUCACCUUACACGCUAUGCCAAAGGACUAUUACAUUGUUGCCUCUACGCGUUUCACUAAGCCUAUCCUCACCACCACCGGAAUUCUUCGUUACGCCGGCUCCAAUAAUCCGGCGUCAUUGCCGUUGCCGAUCGGCCCUACUUAUCAUCUUCACUGGUCUAUGAAGCAAGCCAGGACCAUCAGGACGAAUUUAACAGCAAACGCAGCCAGGCCUAACCCUCAAGGAUCAUACCAUUAUGGAACAAUUCCAGUAGUGAAGACUCUUAUUUUGGGCAAUACAGCCGCUAAGAUCGGCGGAAAGCUCCGAUACGCCGUUAACGGUGUCUCUUAUGUGGAUCCAAAAACUCCAUUGAAACUUGCUGACUGGUACAACAUUCCUGGUGUAUUUUCCUUGAACUCAUUGAAAGAAAAACCUACCAAUUCCACCCCUGUCCUCGGCGCAUCGGUCAUCGGAACGGAACUUCAUGAUUUCGUGGAAAUUGUGUUCCAGAAUCCACAAUCUACCGUCCAGUCAUGGCAUCUUAGUGGUUCUAGUUUCUAUGUGGUUGGAUAUGGUUCGGGUACAUGGAAUCCUGAUCUGAGGAAGCGAAAGAAGCUAUACAAUUUGAAUGAUGCUGUUCCCAGACACACUGUUCAGGUAUAUCCUUAUUCUUGGAGUGCAGUUUUGGUGUCAUUGGACAACAAGGGAAUGUGGAAUUUGAGGUCUGCAAUUUGGGAGAGAAGAUAUCUAGGGCAACAAUUGUAUAUUAGGGUUUGGAACGAUGAAAAAAGUCUCUUUACUGAAGCUGAUGUCCCUCUUAAUGCACUCUACUGUGGCUUGGCUAAAAAACCUUAGCUAGGGCUAGCUCUUUGAUUUUAUUUUAUUUUUAAUUCUUAUGCCUAAUUAUUGCUAGGGCUCUUUGAUUUUAUGUUUUCUUGAUUCAGUUACGAGGGGGUGACUGUUAAAAGAAAAAUUGGGAAAUAGUUUUAGAAUUAAUUGGAGAGGGAGAAGGGAAAAAAACCAAAUUUUAUGUUUGAGUUCCAAGCUAAAAUAUUUAUUGUAGUAAACUCUUUCCAUUAUAAAGUUUAGUUUAUCUGUUUGGUUUCCAUUAA